AGAUCUCUUAAGGGAGAGAGUCCUCCUGUUCUGGCAACAGCAGCAGGUCCUGGUGACCAGAAAGUCUCAGAGGUCCUGGAGCUGAUUGUCUUCUCCUGAUUCUGGGCAGAUUGCCAAGCACCCUGGAAUGCAGCAAAGGCACAAUUCAUGAAUUCCAGGCACUGCCGCUAGACUUCUGAACGACAUCGUUUUUCCCCCGAAUCUUGCCACUUGAGUGCUUCAUGGCUUCCACUUACAGCCUCCAAGGAAGCUGGACUCCUCUAGCCGCACUGACCUUACUAUGGACUUCUUUGGCUUGGGUUGAAGGAAAGCCAAGCUGUCCUUCCUGCAGGAUGCCCCCACUGGAACCCAGUGCCGAGAAAGCCUUCCUGAUCGAAGUAGCCAAGCAACAGAUACUCCAGAAACUGAACCUGAGCGAGAGGCCCAACAUCACCCACCCUGUACCACGCGUGGCGGUGGCCAACGCCCUACGGCGGCUACACAUGGGCAAAGGCUGGACAGAUGGGUCAGGACACUUCUCCAGCUGGGAAAAAACAGAGUCCGAUGAGCAGGGGUACGAGAUCAUUAGUUUUGCAGAGACAGAGCCUUCCGGCCUCCUUCAGUUCCAGCUGACCCAUACAAAAGGCCAAGCCAUGCAUGUCCUGAAGGCCCAGUUGUGGCUGCACCUUAAGGCGCAUGAAAACAUCACAAUAAAGAUCUACGUUGCAGGACAGUCACCACUGGCGCUGGGUGAGCAGCAUCUGGGAAGCCAGGGGAGUGGCUGGCACACUUUUUCCCUCAUGCCAGCUCUGCAGAACUUCUUCGAGCACGAAGACAAAACCUUGCGCUUGGAGUUGCACUGCGAAAGCUGCCAUCCCAACAUUAUGUCUUUGAUGGCUACCGGUAGCAACUCUCACCAGCCGUUCUUGGUGGUGAAGGCGAAGAUAAAAGAAUCCGGCCAUCGAGUCACCAAACGCAGCCUGAGCUGUGACCAGAACUCAGAUCUGUGCUGUCGGAAAGACUAUUAUGUAAAUUUUCGGGACAUUGGUUGGAAUGACUGGAUCUUCAAGCCAGAGGGCUAUCAGAUCAACUACUGCAUGGGGGAAUGCCCUAUGCACCUGGCAGGUGUGCCUGGGGUGGCAGCGUCCUUCCACACGACUGUCUUCAAUUUGGUCAAAGCCAACAACAUCCCCAUUUCAGGCCAUUCCUGCUGCGUCCCCACACAGCGAAGGGCCCUUUCGCUGCUCUACUUUGACCCUAACAGCAACCUCAUCAAGACAGACAUUCCCGAUAUGGUUGUUGAUGCUUGUGGUUGCAGCUAAAGAUGGGGUGAUAAGCAGGGAGAAAAACCAAAUGGACGAAGAGUAAGAAAUGAGUUGCCACUUCCCUUUGGACUCCCACGAACGUCAAAGAACUCUGAGCCAAAUUGAAGGGGUGAUAUUAUCAGGUGGACUCUUUUCAAAAGAGCAACAGUUUUGUUCUUUCAGAGAGAACAAGUUACACUAAGAUGUAAACUAGUCUGUUUUCUUACCAUUGUAUACUGCGUAAUGUAGUGCUAUGCAGGGCUGCCAAGUCUUGGGACACUGUAUUUGUCUUCCUCUCUGAAGUUGCUCCACAUGGGUUGGAUUUACUUGGGAACUCCUUCCCUGGAUGGGCAAAAAAAGGAGACCAAGAAGAGCUGCCCAGAUUCAUAGCCAAAGGACUCUUAAACAGGUUUUGCCUUUUGUACUGUGUGUGUGAUUUAUUGUAUUUCUCUUAAUGUAUCUAUAUUAUUUUAUUUUUUGGAAUGACAUUUGUA